AUGCUCGAGCGCGUGCAGACGGCCGUGGUCGGCGGCGGCGUCGUGGGUCUCGCCGUCGCUCGUGCGCUGUCUCGCUCGGGCCGAGAGGUGCUCCUCCUGGAGUCAGAGAGCCUGACCGGCUCGGGCACGUCGUCUCGCAACUCGGAGGUCGUGCACGCCGGCAUCUACUACACCGCAGGCUCGCUGAAGGCGCGUGCCUGCGUCGAGGGCCGGAGAGCGCUCUACUCCUUCUGCGAGGCGUACGCCGUGCCGUACUCGCGAUGCGGCAAGCUGCUGGUCGCCACCGAGGAGGGAGAGCUCGCCCAGCUGGACGCGGUCGCGGAGAAGGCGCGCGCCAACGGGCUGAGCGGCAGCGGCGAGGCUCUCGUCCGCCUGACCUCCGCAGAGGCGGCGCGGCUGGAGCCAGAGGUGCGCUGUGUGGGCGCGCUGCACUCGCCCUCGACAGGCAUCGUCGACAGCCACGCCUUGAUGACGGCGCUGCUGGCGGAUGCAGAGCGGCACGGGGCGACGCUAGCGCUCGGCAGCAGCGUGGUGGGGGGGGAGUGCGGUGGCAGCGAUGCCGUGGCGGGCUGCGGCGCCGGGGGGCGCGUGCUGCUUCGUACAGCCGACGGCACCCAGCUCGCAUGUGACGAGGUCGUCAACUGUGCGGGACACGGCGCGCCGCGACUCGCCGCCGCCUUGGGGGGGAUGCCGCGCUCGCACGUGCCGGCGGCUCACUUCGCCAAGGGAACCUACUUCGCCCUGAGUGGACGGCCGAGCCCCUUCCGCGGCCUCGUCUACCCGCUGCCGCAGCAGGCGGGGCUCGGCGUGCACGCCACCGUCGACCUCGCGGGCCGCUGCCGCUUUGGGCCGGACGUCGAGUGGACGAGCAACGCGGAGGACGUGCAGGUGGACCCGACCCGCGCGGCGGCAUUCUACGCCGAGGUGCGAAAGUACUGGCCGGAUCUGCCCGACGGCGGCUUGGUGCCAGACUACGCGGGCGUGCGACCAAAGGCGAGAGCUGAAAGCCUGGCUGGCUGGCUCGGCCGCGGCGAGCCGUCGGCGGAUUUUGUGCUGAGCGGGCCGUCGGAGCACGGCGUGGCGGGCUUGGUCCACCUCUUUGGGAUCGAGUCGCCGGGCCUGACCGCCUCGCUUGCCCUCGCGCGCUUGUGCGUCGAGAGCCUCGACCGAGAGAGUGUGAGAUAG